AGAAGAGGAAGAAGGUGUAGAAGGAGAGGAAGAAUGUGUGGAAGAAGAGGAAGUAGAAGGAGAAUCAGAUGAGGAGGAGGGAGAGGGAGAAGAGACAUCCAAUGUCUCCAUCUCAUCAUGCAACAGUGAAGUUACAGAUUGUCUCUCCACUGUAAGAAGAGAAGAAGAGGUUGGAGGAGGGGAGGCAGAAGAUGCAAGGCAACAUCACAUUCUGCCAGCACCUCCUAUCGAUUUUGUGGAUCUUCCAGCUGGUAGACUACGGUCAGGAAGAAUUCGAGGUGAAGCAGCACCACGUACAUCGCCACAGCAGGUCGAGAGAGUUGAUCCAAAUCCACCGCAAGAGGAGGAAAGAAUCCAUUCAAAUUCCUCUGUUCCUACUGCCAAUGAAGCAGCACCACAUACAUCGCCACAGCAGGUCGAGAGAGUUGAUCCAAAUCCACCGCAAGAGGAGGAAAGAAUCCAUUCAAAUUCCUCUGUUCCUACUGACAAUGAAGCGGCACCACGUACACUGCCACAGGAGGUCGAAAGAGUUGAUCCAAAUCCCCAGCAAGAGGAGGAAAGACUCCAUUCAAAUUCCUCUGUUCCUACUGCCAAUGAAGAUGAGGAACAAGCUGGACCAAGUGGAGUCAGCAGUAGAGGAAGAUCGAUCAGAGGGGUGGCAAGUGCCACAAGCCGCACAUUUAGAAUAGUUGAAGCGGCACAACAGGAAAGCUCUCCAGAGCUUAUGAUGGAACCGGAGGCUGGAUUGUCAGAGAAUGACCCAGAGUUCCAAGCAAUAGUCCAUCAAAGAUACCUGGAAUUUGCACGCCAUUGUGGAUUAAAUCAGCCAGAAACCUCAAGUUCUGAAGAUGAUGAGCAGGAUACUG